AUGAUUCUUCAAUUACAAAACCAAAUCAAUUCUAAACCAAUAAACGAAUUGAAGCCGACGCCACGUCCUCUGUUCUUGUCCUCUUCUUUCUUGCAACGCAAACUCUCUUCGGCAUAUCAGGAUCUUCACACUGAAAAUUUCCAUACUGUGUCCCUACCUGAAGACAUUGAUGUGUCUUCCGACCGCGUUUACAAUUGGAGUUUCAAGGACCGUCUCUGUGUCUCUGAUUUAAGACAAGGUGUGGAUUCCGACGUGUGGGUUCUUGUGCAGUACGAGGCUAGUGAGACGUGGGAGAGAACUAGGUUUUUAACCAUCGAUGUUGUCAUUCCUCCAUUGAAGUUGAAUUCGGCUUGGUUUUCGCCGUCCUUAGUUUCUCCUUAUCAGUCGUCUUCUCGUCCUACAAAGAGACAGAGUACCUCAGCACAAUGUCAGUCACUUCGCUAA